GGGAAAAGGAAGAGGUGGAGGGGGGCGGGGCCGUCCCAGAAGAUGGCGGAGGCGGGGGAUUUCUGGUCGGUCCUAUUUCAGGGCAAGAUGCGGUUCUGUUGAAACGCCAAUCUGCUUUGAUUCACAGAUAAGUCGUUUUAGCUGGAAAGCCUUUUUUUUUUCUUUUUUUUUUCUGCUGGCCUACUGAACUUAUGAAACCAUGGCAGAAGGAGAGACAGAGUCACCUGGGCCCAAAAAGCGCGGUCCUUACAUCUCAUCUGUAACUAGCUGGAGUGUAAAUUUGAUGAUUCGAGGAGUAGUGCUGUUUUUUAUUGGAGUAUUUCUGGCAUUGGUGUUAAACUUACUUCAGAUUCAGAGAAACGUGACCCUUUUCCCACCUGAUGUGAUUGCAAGCAUCUUUUCUUCAGCGUGGUGGGUACCACCGUGCUGUGGCACAGCUUCAGCGGUGAUUGGGUUAUUAUACCCCUGCAUUGACAGGCAUCUAGGAGAACCCCAUAAAUUUAAAAGAGAGUGGUCCAGCGUAAUGCGGUGCGUAGCCGUCUUUGUCGGUAUAAAUCAUGCCAGCGCUAAAGUGGACUUUGAUAACAACAUACAGUUGUCUCUCACACUGGCUGCACUCUCCAUUGGACUGUGGUGGACUUUUGAUAGAUCUCGAACUGGUUUUGGCCUUGGAGUAGGAAUUGCUUUCUUGGCAACCUUGGUCACUCAACUGCUAGUCUAUAAUGGUGUUUAUCAAUAUACUUCUCCAGAUUUUCUCUAUGUUCGCUCUUGGUUACCAUGUAUAUUUUUUGCUGGAGGCAUAACAAUGGGAAAUAUUGGUCGACAACUGGCAAUGUAUGAAUGUAAAGUGAUCGCAGAAAAAUCUCAUCAGGAAUGAAGAAGGCAAAAAUAUAUUUUUUGUAUAGAGAAACAAGAUGAAAAGGGCAUGUACAUGAUAGAUAUACCAAUGAAACUACGGAUUGUAAAAUUGCCAGUAUGCAGUUUUUACUGUGAUUAUUAUAUAUAUAUAUAUACACACAUAUAUAUAUAUGCAUAUGUAUAUAUAUAUAUAUGUAUAUAUACGCACACAUAUAUUCCUGCAAUCUGUGAUUGCUUCCUCUGUAAAUCAGCUACAAACCUUGUGUAUUUGACUUAACUGUAAGAUAUAUAUGCACUACAUUAAAAAUGUCGAUUAAUAGAUGAAAUUUUUAAAUUAAUUUUUUAAACAUACUGUAUAUUGUAUCACAAUGUUGAUGUGCCAAAAUAUUCUCUUACUGUCAUGCAGAGUAUAAGAAUGCUUUGAACAGUUAUAAACUUAGUGUAAUAAAAUAAGAGGAAAGCCAAAAAAAGAAAUGGAAAACUGGUAUAUUCUCUUUUGCUUACUGUUGUUCCUGUUUAUUUUUCUAAUUACAGCAGUAUGAGUUAUGGGUGCUCUAAUGUGUAGUUACUUUCUACACAUUGGGGCAAAGUAGUUUUACAGUUGUUCAUAUGGAAAAUAAUACAAUAAUUAAUAAAUAAUAAUACAAGAAUAAACUGUUUCGCAUACUCACAACUAUAAACCUACUUUUGCCCAACCCUAUAUUUUAAUGUUGUUUCAGAGAACUUUGGAUGUUUUAAUAUAUAAUGAAGAUGAACUUCCAUAGAACAUUUUUCAAACCUGCAUUACUGGAGAGAGUCCAAAGAGUAAUUUUCUGUUUUGGCAGAUUUUACUGGAGGUAAAAGUGAUGAGCAGAAAAGGCUAUCAGCAUUAAAUUGUUUUUUCUCUAAACCUAAAAGAGUAAAUAUAUAUAAAUAAAAGUAAUGACCAUUGGGGAAUUUACCUAGAAUAAAUGUAUGUUUUAGAAAUACAAAAUGACCUUCUGCAGUGCCACAAAGUGUUGAGUAAUAUUAACUGUUAUUCUCAAUAUAGAAUCCUUCUGCUUUUGUACAUGGAACACCUAAAAAAUCCCAAACAGAUCUAAAUGAAGUUUCUAAUUCUAUUGGAUUCUGUCCUUGGGUUCCAAAAUCUAUUGGGCUGUAUAAAUUAAACCACUUUGGUUGUGCUGGGUCAUUGUCAGAGGAAUGCCAUCUGGGGAAUGCCUGGGCACAUAAUUUCCUAUCUAUUCAUAUGCCCAUUAGUGAAUAGUUCAAACCUGUUUAAGAAUGUAUUGAGAUGGCAUAUCAUGCAUGUUAGAAAUCUUGAUAACAAUUUUGUGCAUUUUUUUUAACACAACUAGAGUCAUUUAAAUAUGGCUUGAAUAUAUUUUUAGUUAACUUUUCCCUCAAUUUUCAGUUUUGAAAUUGAUGGCAAUUUUUUGAUACAUAAGGAUGAAUGAAAUCUUCUGCUUACUCUGUGUUUGUGUUUGUGUGUGUGCGUAUGUGCUGAACUGAGUGAGAGAGAGAAUAUAUGUGUGUACGUAUAUGUAUGUGCAUGUGCCCAUGCUCUUUUGACAUGUUAACUAGAAAUUUUAAAAAAAUUUGGAUAUAAAACCAUUGCUGUCAGACUGAGAUCUUGUAUGCCAAACUUUAAUGUGCUUUUUACAUUUUAAGGCUGAAAGUGUUAAAAUCCUAAGAGGAUUUGAUAUUGAAUAAAUGUAAACAAUCUUAACUAUAGUGGUGGUUAACAUACUACUAUAAUUUAUUAUUCUGUCUUCCAGAUAAUGUUAUUCAUUUAGAACAAAAAAGUAUAUUUUUAGAAUGAACUUUGUAAGCACUAUAAAUCUUUAAUAAGUUAUAAGGUCUAUGAUGUGUUUACUUUGAAAAUUGCUGUUAAAAGCAAGGUGUAUUAAAUACAUAAUUAUAUUCUU